UUUUAAAAUUUUCUAACUUUUAACGCGGAAGUUUUCCACAAGGAAGUACUAGUUAUAAACUAAACUUAUAAUCAUUUCCUCUCAAAUAGUGAAGUGAAAAGGUGGGAUAAAAUGUGGCUUUUCGUCUCUGUACAUGUAUUGUGUGUUUUAUUUUCUACUAUUCUGGCCACAAAUCCAGGAUUCAGAUUACGAAUAACAGAAGAUGGACUUAACUACGCCAAUCAAGUAGCAGUAGAUUUAGUUACAAAGAAAGUAAAGACAACUAAAUUACCGGAUCAAAGUGGAGAUGGAAAAAAUGUUAAAUAUUCUCUUACCAACUUGGAUAUACGGAAUUUUCAACCACCUAGAAGCAGUAUAACAUUGGCUUCAGAGAGCGACUUACAGUGGAAAGCAACAAAUCUAGCACUGGAAAUUGAUGGAAAGUUUCAUUACAAAUACAAAAAAGGAUUCAUUAGGUUUUCUGGUGGUGGAAGUGUCAACGUUAAGUUUUCUGAUAUCUCAUUCAGUGUUGGAGUCAAUUUAGGCACUGAUGGUAGCGGAAAGCCAACAAUAAAAGCUGGCAAAUGCUCUUGCGAUAGUGGUCCAGUAAAAGUAAAAUUUAGAGGUGGUUUGGCAUGGAUAUACAAUCUGUUCUCUGGGAAGGUUGGAAAAAUUAUUGCCAGUCAGUUUCAGAGUAAAAUGUGUGGUAUAAUACAAGAUCUUAUCGACAAGAAUGCACAAGAAAGUCUAUCGACUAUUAAAGUGGAGGUACAGCUUGGAGAAUUCCUAACAUUAGACUAUAGACUUCUUGCAGCACCAACUGUUACUUCUGAAUAUAUUGAAGCUGAUUUGAAAGGAGAAAUAUUUUGGAAGAGUGAUAAAUCUGAAGCACCGUUUGCGCCCCCUGCCAUGGCAACAGUUACAGACAACAAGAAGAUGGUGUAUAUCACACUAUCAGAAUAUAUCUUUAAUACCAUGACUUACCAGGCACACAAACACAACAUACUGGUGUUUAACCUGACGUCACAGAACAUCAAAUCUAAGGAUGACGCACUUAACACAACCUGUACGGAAAUUUGUAUUGGUAAACUUAUUCCACAGAUUGGGAAAUCAUUUCCAAACAGUCAAGUAGAGCUUCACAUGAAAAGUUCAAAACCACCGGUAACCAGAAUAACUGAUGGUAAUUUAGGGGUUGCAGCACAAGGAGACAUCGAUCUGUAUGCUAGAAAACCAGAUAAAACUCUGCAUCAUUUAUUCCAAAUUGCUGGGACUGGGUCAAUAGCUGUAACACUAACGAUAAAUGAAACAGUCAUUCAUGGAUCUGUGGAGGAUAUGAAAAUAAAGUUAAAUGUUUCAAAGUCUUCUAUUGGACCUGUAAAUGAAAAAGCUUUACAGUUCCUAGUAGACAGUGCUAUUAAAACAACAAUAACACCAAUGUUAAAUGAUCUUGGAACCAAAGGUUUCCCAAUGCCGUCGACAGAUAAUUUAAAAUUAAACCAGUUUGAUUUUAAACUUUUACAGAAUACAAUGCUGAUUGAAACCAAUCUGAAGUACAUACCUGAACCUACAAAAAUCAAAUCGACUGUUCUGAAAUUUAUCCCGAGAGCUCAAUACAAAUACUUUCAACGGGUAAAUCUAAGCAAAAUGUUGCAGGCAAUAAUUUUGACCUGCAUAUUGUUCGCAACUUGCAUUAAUUCAACCAAUCCAGGAUUGAGACUUCAUAUAACGCAGAAUGGAAUAAAUUAUGCUAAUACCGUAGCAGUGGAUUUAAUUUCCAAGACAGUACUAAGUGCUAGAAUACCUGAUCAAAGUGGAUCAGGACAUCAUGUAGAAUAUAACAUAUAUGGAAUGGUAAUCAAAAACUUCCAACUAGGAACUAGCAGUAUUAAGCUAUCGUCUGGAAGUGACCUCAAAUGGACUACAGCAAACAUCGUAUUGGAAAUUGAUGGGAAUUUUCACUAUAAAUACAGAUGGCAUUUUAUCAAGAUAUCUGACCAUGGAAGAUUUACAGUUCAGUUUUCAGGGAUGUCGUUCAGCGUUGGAAUAAAUACGGGUGUUGAUGGCAAUGGGAGACCAACAAUUAAAUCAGCACAAUGCGCAUGUAACAGUGGUCAUGUGAAGUUCAAAUUCCAUGGAGGAAGAGCUUGGAUCUACAAUACGUUUGCAGGGAAAGUUUCUAAGGCUAUUAGUAAACAGUUUCAGGAAAAGAUGUGUGGAAUAGUUCAAAAUCUCAUUAAUAAUAAUGCACAGAAGAGUCUUUCAACUAUGAAAGUUCAGGUAAAACUAGGAAAAGUUCUGACUCUUGACUACAGACUCAUGUCAGCUCCAAAGGCAACUCCGCAGUACAUGGAAGCGAGUCUUAAGGGAGAAAUACUAUGGACCAGUGAUAAAACAGAAGCACCAUUUGCACCUCAAUCUAUGGCACCAAUCACAGACAGCAAGAGAAUGGUGUACAUCACAUUGUCAGAUUAUGUCUUCAACACUAUGUUUUAUCAAGCGCAUAAACAUAACAUGCUGGUGUUCAACUUGACUUCAAAAAAUAUCAAAGAUAAAAAAGAUAUAUUGAACACAACCUGUUCCGGUCUGUGUAUUGGGAAAUUUAUUCCACAGAUUGGAAAAGCUUUUCCAAAUAGUACAGUAGAACUACACAUGCUUAGUACUAAACCACCAGUGACAAAUAUAACAGUCGGAGCCCUUGGUGUGAGAGCUGAAGGGAACAUCACCUUGUUUGCUAGGAAAUCAGACAAAAGUCUACAUUAUUUGUUUACAAUCUAUGCUAAAGCAUCAAUAAAAGUGAAUCUUUCAAUGGCAAAUGAGAUGAUACAUGGAAAACUCUACGAUACGAAAAUUCAAACAAAAGUUACAGACUCUGCUAUUGGUGCAAUAAAUGUAAGUAUCUAG